AUGUCAACCCGAGAUCCCAGCCACGCCGGUAGCUGGUACAGCUCUUCCAAAUCUCAACUUUCUAGCCAACUCGAUGGUUGGUUAUCCAAAGUCGAUCCUCCUAUUACACCCAUCGGCCAAGUCUCAUCUCAAGAAUCUCUGAGCACUUUGCCUGUACCUGGUGCUAGAGUUAUCAUUGCUCCUCAUGCUGGAUACUCCUAUUCAGGUCCUGCAGCUGCAUGGGCGUACCGCUCGUGGGAUGUCUCAAAAGCAAAACGAGUCUUCUUGCUCGGUCCUUCUCACCACUUUUACCUUUCCAAAUGUGCUCUCAGUCAAUGUGCCAAAUACGCAACUCCCCUGGGAGAUUUGACUGUUGAUAGAGAAACAACACAGCAGCUCUACGACACUGGAAAGUUCCAAUGGAUGAGUCAGAGUGUUGAUGAAGAUGAACACAGUCUAGAGAUGCAUCUUCCAUCUUUCCCCUCGGAAUCCGCAUUCCCCAAACUCGUCCCCAUCAUGGUCGGCAACACCUCCGCAAGCACCGAAAAACAAUUUGGGAAACUGCUAGCACCAUAUCUCGCCGACCCCUCCAAUGCCUUUGUCAUCAGUUCAGAUUUUGCACACUGGGGUUUGAGGUUCCGGUACACUUACUACGAACCCUCGUCUGGCAAUCCCAUUGACCUCUCCGCCCGCUCAAAAGCACCCACAAACCCUCCGAUUCAUGAGAGUAUCAAGAAAAUCGACUUCCAAUGCAUCGAUGCUUGUGAGAGUGGAAGUCAUGAGAAGUGGUUGGAUGUGUUGAGCGAAACUGGCAAUACUGUCUGUGGUCGUCAUCCUAUUGGUGUUGUUAUGGCUGCUAUGGAGGAACUCGGUGGGCAGGGAAAGUUUAGGUUUGUGAGGUAUGAGAGGAGUAGUGAGUGUAGCAGGGUCGAGGAUAGUAGUGUUAGUUAUGCUAGCGCUUUCGCUGUUCUCUGA